AUGACUGUAGAUCGUCUCUGUAGUGUCUACAUUAUAUUUCUGACAAUAUUGUGUGUUGUAUUUGCUGGAGAUUCGAGUAAUAUCGAAUAUACGAUCAAUGAUUACAAUUACUACAACUUGUCAAAUGGAAUCGAUCACAGUCGAAAAUGUAAGUAAAAAAGAUUUAAGAGAAUGAUGUGGAGCCUUCGUACAAUUUAACAUCCCAUAUUGAAAUGAGGGGGUGGUACGAAACAUCACUUUUCCUAACUUUAAUUUUAAGGCUUAUUUUUAUCAAAAUUUUAAUAUUUUUCGAUAUAACAGGUGUAGUAAUAAGUAUAACUUUUUUCCGCAUUAAAUAUCCUUGUGUUUGCACGAAGCGUAUUUUAAACUCCUCUUUUAGCCUUUAAAUGUUCUUACGAAGGAGAAAGAUUGACCUUGGAUCAGACCUCCAGCGGCCGAACUGACGCCAAUUGUUACACGUGUAUUUGCAAGGUAAGAAGGUCUUUACAAUUGAUACCUUUUAUUGACUGUUUUCCCAAACUCAGAGAUUCGAUUUUAAUAAAAUUACCUCAAAAAUCCAUCAAUAAUUUUCAUGUCAUCUUAUCUAACCUUUGACCUUAUAACAACAAUAAUUGACGUGUGCCGGGUCAAUUACCGUGCCCUGGACAUACGAACCACUUGUUGGGUUGGCUAGGUUGCAUAAUCAUUUGCCUGCCGGAGAGAGACCUAACUAAUCGAUGUGAAUUUUUGAUUGUUACGUAAAAAUAUAUAAUUGAGUGCUUGUUAUAUGCAUAUCAGAGCAAAAAUAUCAUUUAUUUUACUAUGAAUAGCCGUAGUUGUUAAGAAGAGAACCGUAGGCUUUUGAUGACAUCAUUUGUGACAAAAAUUAUUACUAGAGUCGCCCUCUUUCAGGACAAAAAUCUGCUCUGCUCUCGAAAGGAGUGCCCGGUCAUCAGCUCAUUAUGCCCGCUGAUUGAGCCCAGCGAAACGGAUUCGUGUUGUGGGGAAUGCAGUAAAUGUAGGAUGAAGAAUGCGAAAAGUAAACAACAUGGAGCGAUUUGGGCGAGCAAGGAGGACAAAUGCACCAGAGAGAUGUGCCAGGUAACGUGUCUAACUUGUUGAACGAGGCGUUGAGCCAACUUCAUGCCAAAAUUCGCCAAGAAAGGUUACAUUUUUGAAAAAAAUCUGGUAGCGCUUGGAGUAGUUGCCUGUCAGUAUGUAAUAUACUUAUAAGAAUACAAUUUCAAAAAUAACAAAAAAUUAUAUCAUCAUUUACAGACAGGAAUAACAACUCUCAGCCGGAUGCAUUGCAUUUCCGACUGCGACAGCCCAGUCAGAAUGCCCAAGGCGUGCUGUCGUCUCUGCCCCGUUCAGAAAUCGAGGAGAUUACAUUUCGAUCCAUGUGUGAGAUGCGAAGUCAUUUGUAAGUUGCUAUAAAAGCAUGAAAAGUUAAGGCUCUUUACUAUCAUCCCCAAAAAAUUCUUCAAGGGCGAAACAAUCGUUAUUUGGUCAAAAAAUAAAGAACCCGGACUUCAUGCUGUAAUUUUAGUUGGUCUUUUCGAGCAGUGCUUCAAGCUGGCCUGUCCUGUUCUAAACUGCCCAAUAGAUCAGCAGGUUCAACGGAAUGGACAAUGUUGUCCCGAAUGUUCGAAGCAAAGAAGAGUUUAUAAAGUGGAGGUGAGUUGGCAGCCGAAGGGAGAGAAUUGGAGACAACUCUUUUUCAAAUGUUUGGCGUUCUGUUUCGGGAGUUUGUGUUUUUCCCAGACAUGGAAAUCGGCCGAGCUUUUGCAAAUCAGGGCAUGGAUCCCGAUGAAAAGAAGGCCCGGCCCUGCUAGCCUGGCUGCCAUGUCAGGCAAAAGAGCAGUUUAA